CCUGUGCCCCGUCCGAGGUGGACGCGGGAGGGGGGCAGCGUGACGCUUCUCCGAAAGCCGCGGAGAUUGGAGGCCUCCGUGGGGGCGGUCCUGGUGCCUUUAAUCUUCCCCUCCAUUGGGGAUUAUUGGCGAGCACUGUAAUCUGCCAGCUGUAGGGACGGACGCGCCGGAGCAACAGCCGCGGAAUUGACGAGCGAGCGCUGCAAACCGACAAGUUUGGCCGGCGCUGGACAGGACCUGGACUGCAGGACCAGCACACACAGCACUGCUAAGGAGACCGCCGCCCUGUGCAGAUUCCAUCUCCACGCUGUAUAACCCGCUACUUGUCUGAAAGCUCACUGCCAGGGAAGAAGAGAAGGGGCUCACUUCAGAGGGUGAAGAUGAACUCCAUGGCUAUCCCCAUCCAGACGGAGAUGGUAGAGCUGGUGCCGAAUGGGAAACACUCGUCUUUAAAUGCCUCCUCCAUCCCCUCCGUAGGGAAUGACAGAUUUGAUGACAACCAGCCAGAGAUGGAGGAGUUCCUUCCACACGGUGCUGAAAAGAAACACACUCAUUUCACAGAUUUUGAAGGAAAGACCUCUUUCGGGAUGUCCGUCUUCAACCUCAGCAAUGCCAUCAUGGGCAGCGGGAUCCUUGGUCUGGCAUAUGCCAUGGCCAACACUGGUAUCCUCCUAUUUCUAUUCCUUUUGACUGCUGUAGCUCUGCUGUCCAGCUACUCUAUCCACUUGCUGCUCAAAUCCUCAGGGAUUGUCGGAAUCCGAGCCUAUGAACAGCUGGGCUACAGGGCUUUUGGAACUCCAGGGAAAUUGGCAGCUGCCGUUGCCAUCACACUUCAGAAUAUUGGAGCCAUGUCCAGCUACCUGUACAUUGUGAAGUCUGAAGUGCCUCUAGUCAUCCAGACCUUCCUCAACCUGGAGGAGAAAACAACGGACUGGUACAUGAAUGGGAACUAUCUAGUCAUCAUGGUCUCUGUCAGUAUCAUCCUUCCCCUGGCCCUCAUGAAACAACUGGGUUAUCUUGGUUAUGCCAGUGGUUUCUCCCUCAGCUGCAUGGUGUUCUUCCUUAUUUCGGUCAUAUACAAGAAGUUCAACAUUCCCUGUCCUCUUCCUGACCGGGUCAACACCACCGUCAGCCUCAAUUACACACCAGUCAGCAUGAACAACAAUCAGGACGAACAAGCAGUGGAAGACGGCAUCUGCUCUUCGAGCUUGUUCACCCUCAACUCUCAGACAGCCUAUACUAUCCCCAUCAUGGCAUUCGCUUUUGUGUGUCACCCUGAGGUCCUGCCUAUCUACACGGAGCUGAAAGACCCAACCAAGAAGAAGAUGCAGUGCAUCUCCAACAUCUCCAUCGCUGUCAUGUACAUCAUGUACUUCCUGGCCGCCCUUUUUGGCUACCUCACUUUCUAUGGCCAGGUAGAAUCAGAGCUGCUACAUACCUACAGCAGAGUAGAUCCGUUUGAUGUGCUGAUCCUGUGUGUGCGGGUGGCUGUGCUGACUGCUGUGACACUGACGGUACCCAUUGUUCUCUUCCCGGUACGCCGGGCAAUUCAGCAGAUGCUGUUUCAAGACAAGGAAUUCAGCUGGAUUCGGCACACCAUAAUUGCUAUCAUACUGCUGACUUCUAUCAACUUGCUUGUCAUUUUUGCUCCUUCCAUCCUGGGCAUCUUUGGACUGAUUGGUGCCACGUCGGCCCCCUGCCUGAUAUUCAUCUUCCCAGCAAUAUUCUACAUCCGGAUCAUGCCCAAGGACAAGGAGCCCACGAAAUCCCCUCCCAAGAUCCUGGCAGCCCUCUUUGCAUGCCUUGGCGUGCUCUUCAUGAUCAUGAGCCUCAGCUUCAUCAUCAUCGACUGGGCAUCGGGUGGCGGGAAGAGCGGAGGCAGUCACUAGACAAGGCCCGGACCCUCACAACUGUGGAUCAACGCCUUGGGAAACUCGGCCAGCUUUGAUACAUUUCCUGCUCCCCUACCUCUGCUAGUACUGUGCCGUAAUUUAGUCCACAGCUCCGCUCUGAGCCAAGGGGGCGCUGUUCCGUUACUCAGUUCCUACACGCGACCCCAUUGAGCCAGGGGGGCUGCUGCUGGCUAGACCAAGCCGGAAACCAGUUCCUAAACUUUUUGAGCAUUUGUUUUAAUCUCACUGUCUGGGAUGGGCCAGACCAACGGCGCCUGAGGAACAGGCAAAUGAGGGAAAUAGGCCAAUCCAGAGGGGUGGGAGGGUUGCUGUGGGAUGUCUGUCCUUAUAUGUCCAGUAUGUCUAGCCCAGCCUGAGGCAACUGGAGAGUCAAGGGCAGGAACAGGAGGAAAUUGGGGGAGGGGACUGUGGCUAAAGAGCCUGAGAGUAGAGCUUUGGCCUGAGGUUCACCACUGACAAGGGAACUGGAGCCAGGCCUUCCUACAGAAUUACGGUACUGGGGCCACAAAUUGGAAGUAAAUGCUUUCAGACAGGGAGAGAGGGGCAGAAUGUUUCUGUUUGGUUUUUAAAGUCUUAAUAGCCUCAGCCCCCACCAGCCACAGGGCUUUUGUCCCUCUCAGAAGUUGCUUCCUGAGCCCUUGUUGUUCCUUGGUGGGGGAAGUGGGAGUUCUUCCCUCAGACUUGGUCCUGUUCCCUCUGCUAGGGUGUGAGCCUUAUGAUGAGCCUCAUGAUCAACGCUCCUCUCUCAGGGCAAGGGGAUGCUCAGGGCAGAGGUCAUGGAGGCCUUGCUCUCUCCCAUCUUUGUGCAGCUACCUGUACCACACAAAACACAUGCAAACAAGUAUGACCUCAUUGCCAUCGCUAAGGUGGCCACAGGUCUUGGAACUGACUGGCUGGCGGAUGGGAAGCGAUUUGGAGAUGUCGGCCUUUCUGAACUGUCGGUUGGGGUGCAGGUUUACGCUGGCUUUCCUUAGCGCAUGCCUGAGCUUCUCUUAGGGAGGUGAAGCAGAGAUGGUUGGCAUUUUGGGCAAACGGUUAGCUGUGAGCAACAGAGCUCUUCCUCCUUCAUACAAGGUGGGAUGGGAAGCAAGCCUGUGUCAGCGAUAUCAAACCCCUGUUUCUGUCUCCUCAUUCCAUUAGGUAACGGCAAGAAGUCAUCACAUUGGGUGGAAUUCAAUGUUGUGCGAUGAUUAACGUUCCGCCUGCUCAAAUACUUUUGGCUUGCGGGGUGAAAUGAUCCCCUCUCUCCUCCCCACACGUGCCGUUUCAGGGUUUCUCCCGAACCUCCCCUCCAGUCAGUUUCAGGGGGGGCGAAUCCCAGUUGCGCAAGUAGAAGUCCUUGCACAGGACUUCUGCAGAUGGGGCUCCCUAAGUGAAUCCCACCCAAUGUCUUUUAAGACAGUACGGCAUUGAGACCUCUCUGAGGUUCCUGUGUCCUGAAAGGGUCCACCGCCUGAGGCAAUGGAAAUGGAUCUGUCCAUCCUAGAGACUGGUCCCUCCCCACUAACACAUCACAGUGGCCUCUCUUCCUAUCUGCCAGCAGUUGCUUGAACAUGUUGGGAAGUGUAGCCCUGCCACCAAGCUGGUCCGCCAGCCUAACUGGUCACUAGGACUUGAUUGCUGCUAAUUUCGGUAGGCUAGGAGAAUUUGCAUUCAUUUUGUUUUGUACAUACUGAUGUUGCUUUUCCUCCAAUUUGUAGCAGGCAUGAGAUUCCAAUGGAAUUGUAUUUAUAUAGCUGCUUUCCCGAAUUGGCAAGGAUUUGCCCUCCAUUGAGUCCCCGCUUUUCCUUCAGUGUAAUUUAUGUAUGAUCAGAUAGGCAUUCAGUGUUCCCCCUGAACUAGGAUAUGAGGCCUUGUGUAAUAGCAGAUCAGGAGGAACAAAUGGAUCUUCCUCAUCUUUACUCUCUGAUCUUGUCAUUGUCAUAUUUUAUAUAUAUCUAGGAGAAAAUAUUCAUCAUGGCUUCUUCCUAAAUCAGAGGUGGCCUCCCAAAUAUGCACUUGUUUGAAAUGCUCUGAAAUCUUUCAUACCUCAUCUUACUGUAGUCAGCCUGGGCCUCGCAAGCUCAGAAGAAAAAGGAGGAAAAAAGCCGCUGAGAACAUAUCAAAAGCAGCAGAAGGCCACCUGAGAAGGCCACUUGAGAAGGGAAACUCAAAAGAGUCCAGUAGUUGCCAACGGGGUAGUCAUUUGUCCCAUAGGGAGCUGCCUUACACCAGGUCCUUCUAGCCUAGCGAAGCCUACUCCCCAGAAGCGAGCCAGUGGCUCUCCUGGGGUUGUUGGACUCCAUCAGCCCCAGCCAGCAUGGCCAAUGGUCAAGUUUGGUGGGAGCUGUAGCCCAACAUCAUCAGGAAAGUCACAUGUUCCCUGUCCCUCUUUUACUCUUGACUGCCCUCCAGGGUCUUCAGCAGAAAUCUUUCCUGUCACCUGGUCCUUUUAACUAUAGAUGUGAAGGGUUGCACUUGGCCAGGGGGGUUGCACUUGGUUCUUUCUGUAUGCCAAGCACAGGCUCAGUCAUUCAGCCACAGACAGGGGCCUUCAGCUGCCACCCAUGUGUAAGGGGAAAUGUAGGGUUGAUGGAGUCAAAGCAGUGAUCUUCAAGCUGCACCAGCUGCAGUGCUCUUUACCACCAAUGGGUGUCCUAUUGACUUUGCUGAUGGUCACGUGUGAGAAAUGACCAGGUUGGAAAUAACAACUCCAGGUCUAAGUUGGAAAGCGAACCUCCGGAACUGGGAGUAUUGCAUCGAAGGAAAAGCAUAUCCCUGUAUCUGACCCCCCUGGUCCAGUCUUCUAGUGAGUAACACUUGUAGGUCUGCAUUUCAUGUAGGGUGGGAGACUUUUCAACCCACCUCUGCAUUUAUAUGGCUUUGGCAGCAGCUCAGAGUGUGAAAAUUAGCAGAAAGCUUUUCAAAGCCUGGAGGUAUGAGUAGGUCAUUGUUUAAUAUCAAGCCCCUGUUGAAGGCUUGGGCUGUAAUCUUAACCCUCACUUACCUGGGAGUAAGCCCCAUUGAAUUCAAUAGGACAUGAUUAGAAAUGUGCUGUAAACUAUGGUGGCAGGUUGAAAAAUUGAAAACCACGUCUCCCCCCCUGGAACACAGGGAACGGUGGACUUCUUUGCUGUGAAGGAUUGACUUAGGAAAUAAAGGAGUACUUGGACCGGGGUGAUGAAUACUGGGCCCUUCAGAAGUGGCUGAAGUACAACUCCCAUAAUCCCUGACUGUUGGCCAUUCUGACUGCCAGGGCUGAUGGGAGCUAGAGUCCAACAAGGAACAUUGGUUCCCCACCCCUGAAAUAUAAGAUUCAUGUGUAAUUUGGGGCAAGGAGUUAAUGGAGACCUGAAGAGGAGGUUGUGUGUAGAAUGAGUGACACAAGUCAAAGGGUAGCAUGUAGGACUUCAUGGAGCUGAGCUCAUUCCAGAAUGAGAAAACCAUGGGAGACUGUAUAGUAAAAUUCAGCAUCUCUGAACUGCUGUCAUGUUCCUAUAGCUUGAAGUCUUCUAAGGGUAGGAGAAUUCAAUGGAGCAUUUCUUCCCAUUUAAGUAAUAUCUGGUGUGCAGCCCUCCCACUAGGGAAUGAAAUCUGAAAUAUGUAAUUGGUUCUUUCUUGAGAAGCACAGGAUUAUGGGGCUAGUUGUUUAAUAGCAAGAACCUUUGGUUGUACUAGGGCGGUAGUUUUCACAGAGGAAGCCCAAGAAGCUUCUGAGGAACUUUGGUGUCCCCACCAGCACUGAAUAAUAUAUUUUCUUUCCAUUUAUAUCAUAAUUUAUUUCCAAUUGACCUUUUCCAAUUGUUAUUAUGCAGUGGGAAGCUGAUGACACUUGUAAAAAAAUUUCCCGCUUUUCUCCCAUAAUAUUGAGGAACCUUUCCCAGACCUUUCAGCAUUCAUCUGACAAAAGUAGAUCCACUGAGUUGUGCAGGAAAGCGAAACAGCAUUUUCUUCGUAAAAGGGGGCAGGUGCUGAGUAAGUGAAAUGAACAAGCAUCUUCCAUAGGACCCUGUGACUGGCACACCACAACAAAAACUUUUGGAUACUUCAAAGUGCACUUUCCCUUAUGAAUAACAAAAGCGUAUUUCUGGACUUGGAGGUAAUAGCCCUGUAAACUUUUCAUUAUGUUACGCGGCCAGCACCAAAUGCGGGUACCUUCAGUAUUUCAGAAGCUAUUGUGUACCAACAAAACGGCUCGCAUUUGAUCCAUAUUGGAGCAAGAAAAGGCAUUCUAGGAGCCAUCAUGAGUACAUUUUCAGAAUGCAUGUGCUCUCUUAAUAGGUAUGAAUUCAAUACUCACUAACAACUUUGAUUACACAAGUGCUAUAACUAUUAAAUAGGUACAGGUGGAGCUAUUCAGCAUCCUGGCCAGGUGACUCUCCCUCCUAUCCGUCGUACAUCUGAUAAGAAGCAGAGUCAUCAGGUGAGCUGAUAUGAUGAACCAGCAUAUAUUCCUGGAAAUAAAAUCUCAGGCAGGAAAGGAGAUGCCUACAAUCCUGGAGUUCCUGAGAUGAAAAACACUGGAUCCCUGCUCUUACCAUCCCUAUGGUACUCACUUCUGCAUUCACAGAUGGGCGGCUUUGCUCUGCCCAUUCACAUGGCACUCUUGCCCAUGCACGGCAGCAUCCCGUGUAGGUUCUGCGCAGAAAAGGGGAAGCAUCAGGGCCUCUCAUUUUCCACACGCAGUGAAAUUUGGUGUGCAAAACAGCCAUUUUGUGAAUGCAGCAUACCUGCUGUUUGUACGACUGCAGGGUGGUACAGCUGUUUAUAACAAUGUUUUUUAAAUGUAGCGUUUGGCCAGUUUAUGAGAUACAUGUUGAAGCAGUCUGUAAGCUACUGCCACCAUCUGACGUUCCGUUCAGGGUGCUGGGCAGUAGCAGGCACAACACCAUGAAGCUACUCUGCCCCCUGCCGUUGUUUGCAAUUGUUGCUGCUUCCAGUAAUUUGCACCUUAAAAGGCUGCUGUAGUUUUACUCUUGAUUCCCCCCCCCCAUAGCACCUAGUACACAUUCUUUUCCAUGACUUGUGCAGGAAGGAACAGAUUUAAAUAGUCUGAGGAAUGUAGCUAAGGAAGUCACACCUCUGCUAAUGAGUGACUGGUGGUACUAGUGGUAGAAAUGAACUGCUUUUGCACAACCCUGAUACCCAUUGGAUGCUGUCCAAUCUCCAUUGAACCCAUCCCUAGGCAAGUUCCAUUGAACUUAAUGGCAGUUGCCUAGAACCACUUCCCCAUUUAGAAAAUAGCAGACACAACAUAACAUUCUGCAUUGGUGCAGUGCUAUUUGGGGGGGAGUGGGGGAGCCGAUUGAUGUAAUCUGCCAUCCUAAACCAUUGUUAUUGAAGUAAAUUUCCUUUAAAUGAAUGAGACUUACUUUCAAGCAAAUGGUUUGGGAAUCUGGGCUGAAAAGGAGUGAAAAUAAUCGUUCCCUCUAUUCAUUUGCACAAGAUGAGCUAGCCUCCAAUAAUCUUUUUGCAAUCCUUCCCCAUUGUUAUAUCUGCUGUCUUCUCUGCUCGAUAUCCCCUCAUGCCAAAAGCCAUAAGGAAAGAUUAUUCUUUUCCUUCACUAAUAAAAUGCACCUUAUGAAUUUCAGCACUCAGAUGGGGUGGGGAGUGGGGAGUACAGGGCUAGGAAGCAAAACCAAGAUGAAUAUUUUUGCAGCACUGGUGUUACAAAAAUAAUUUUAAAGUCCACAAGUAAUUAUUUCUAGGGUUUAAUAAAUAUAAUGGACAUAAAUAAGAGACACGUAUUUUUGUACUGGGAUGGUGGCUGGUCAAUUUGCUUUUUAUAAAUACUGUAUAUAAGAGUAGAUCUUUUUUAAUGUAUUUGUUGUUGCGCUCAGUAACUCUGUAUAGUGUAUAUAUUUUAUGUCCUCAGCAAUGAGGGACUGGAUACAAGAAGACCUGCCUGAGCUAUGGGGAAAACUUACUGCCAUCUGUGAAAUUCAGGGUAAUUGGGCUGUUUCUGCAGCCUGGUGUUCAGCUGGAAGAGAAAUGGAGAGAGGAGAACACAUUUGCCGAUAAAAGUUUGGCUUGGGUUAUUAAAAAUGAUCUCACUGGCCCUAGCACGUGGGAGGUCAUUUGAGACCUUUCGGCUUAUUUCAGGAAGUUAAUAUCAACCAAGGACUUGAUCCAAAACUCAGCUGCAUUCCACUGGUGCUUAUCGAACCGCUACCAUGGGCGACCGAGCCCAACCAAACCCAAAACACACAUUCGCUGCAGAAACCGCAUGGCUCACAGACCACAACAUACAACCACUGGAGGGGCUUGCAGUGAGUGAGAGUGAUCACAAGAGAACUCAUGGGCUUGUGCAGGCUGUGAGCAGUCACCGCAGAGUUGUACUGCCUUUAGGUCACAGCCUCUGGCCUCUUAAAGCUAAACUGCUACAUGGCCAUGCCUUUCAAUGCAAGGGUGUUGGUUUGUUUUUUAACAAAUGCCCAGCAUGGAGGGAGGGGAGGAGGCUUUAACCAUCUCCCCCCCCCCCCGUGAGUCUAAUCUGGGUUGCACGUGUAAUUUGCAGAUUUUAAAAGCUGCUGAAGCCAAUGGGAGCUUUCCCCACCCCUCAAUGUUAAUUGAAACACAGGAGGUUUGUCAUGGAUCAGGACCACAAGGAGAGGGGGUAAGUGGGUGAGAAGGCUUCCUUACCCACAUUACUAGGAUCCUGACCAGGAACUUUUCCCCAAAGCUGGCAAUUUGCAUUAAGAAACACACAGAUACAUUUGCAUUUAAACACGCAGCUGUGUAGCUAAAGUAAUGUGUAGUUGGGCCCCAAGAAGCAGGGAUAUGUGAGAGAAAGGUCCCUGUGGCUCACAACCCAGGCUCCAAGUAUGAAACACAGAAGGCAGGAGAGAAGGUAAAAUCGGCACAGCGAACAUGUGGCUUGUCAGGUGCAACCUAAAAUAUUACCUUCCUGGUCCUCUUUUACCCCUUAGGCUUAGAGCAGGUUAACAACCCUUUUCAUAUUUAUUUAUUUUCUGUAAUGUAGGCUGCAGGCUAGAGAGCUAUAUCACCCACUUGCUGCACCCAGGUGCUGUUUUGGUUGUUUGGGGUUCCUGAUAAUUGGGUCCAAGUGGGGUGGUGGGGACAUAGAAGUUGAACAAAUAAAUGCCCAAGGGGCCAUGGUGUUGAUGGAAAGCAACUGUGCAUCAUUUCAGGACCAGCUUUGAGCAAGCGUCUCCUCUUUCCUGUUCUUUUCCAUGAGGACACCCUAGUGGGUGACAACUGUCUGCCCUUCCUGUUUCCAAACUACAGGCAGGCUGUGCUGCCUAGCUCAAGGCAGGUCAGGUUUCCUUGUCUCCUCCAAACUUUUGUAAGGGAACUCAGCUGGAUGUAUCAUAGGAAGGAAUUCUGGAGUAAGAAGUUUUAUUACUUUGGGUUUUCCCACCCCUUUGUGUAGGACCCUUCCACUUUCCCCAAGGGAUUCAGGGUGGGGGUGGGGAGGGGUAUAUGUGCGUGAAUCCUGCUCUGUCCAAAAUUCCGUCCUGUUUGUUGUCGUGUCCCAAGUCAAUCUCUGGAAAGAAGGGAAGAGUCUUGUCUGGAGGAGUUCCUAUUUCUGUAACAUGUACUAGGGGUCAGUUUUAAAUUAUAUGCUGAAAUUAGAUCUAUAUUUGGAAAAGAAAGAAAUCUUUUUAAAAUAACAAUAAAGAAAAUGUGAAACUUCA